AUGGACGAAGGACGCAUUGUAGGAGGAGAUCAAGUAUCAAUUGAAGAUUACCCUUAUCAAAUCUCAGUGCUAUAUCUCGGUUUGCACAUAUGUGGUGGAUCAAUCAUCUCGGAAUGUUAUGCAGUAACCGCCGGUCAUUGUACAGAUGGUAUCCAAGCUGCCACAUUGGCUGCACGUUACGGCAGCUCAAUACAAAACUUUGGUGGAUUAAUCAAUCCUGUACCUCAAGUCUUCCAACACCCAAAUUAUAAUAAGAACACUAUUGAUUAUGACAUCUCAGUGUUGAAGUGCUACUUACCUUUUUUGUACUGCCCACCUAUUCCUCUUUGUUCAAGUGAAGUCCCCAUGACCAGUUCAUCUGCGUUGUUUUUACAAGCAGCUGAGGUACCAGCUGUGUCUGAUGGGCAAUGCAAGGCGGUUUAUAGUGUUGCAGCUAUUACUCCUCGUAUGAUGUGCGCUGGAUAUCCACAAGGUGGCGCUGGUGUCUGUUAUGGAGAUUCCGGUGGUCCUCUGACAUUCAAUGGCGAGUUAUGUGGUAUUACCUCUUGGGGAAGAGGGUGUGCCCAACCAAAAAUAGUCCUGGUGUAUUUACUAAAGUGUUUGUGUUGUACGAUUACAUAA